AUGACAACGCUGACUAUAGAUAGUGACAUCGAUCAUAUCAAUUCAGUUAAAAAACAGUAACGUCUGUGUAUUAUCUUUUGCAAAAGAAGGUGUAAGCAGAGAUCCGUAUCUCUUCGGCUGACAGAAGUAAAAACAGUCAUGUUUACAUGGAAAUACAUGGAAAAUGUAGAAUUUUGUAGAAAACUUGUAGAAUUUCUUGAAGACGUUUCACCACUCAUCCGAGUAGUUUGACUGAGAACCUUCACAGAGCUAAAGUUAUUAGUUUAGCUUAAAAACAUGUAUUAAACCUGUAACCUGUAAUGAAAAGUAAUUUCCCAUCAAUAAAGUAAUUCUGAUUCUGAUUCUAAAGGCAAAUCGGGUUUUCUGUUUGCAGGAGAGCUUUGUUUUCAUUUUGAAAUGUUUUGUACAUUUUUCCUCAGAAUCUGAUACCAACUACUUGCUCUUCCUGACUUUGCACACACUUUGUGAGAGACAGCCUCCUCAGCUGAGUGCCUCACAAUCUACACCACAUGUCCAUGAACUCCUUUGAAGUCUUUCGUUACAGGAGGUGCUUAUGAUGCUGUAGGUAGAUAAAUCGGAGCUCAUGCAAGUUCCUGCAUGUAGUUUCCUCCCGUCAGACACGCAGGCUGCUUCUUGGCUAGAAGGUCAAAACUAGAAACUCAACAUAUCAAGACAGUUGAAAGAAAGAAUAAGGUCAAAGACACGUGGGCCGUUGCGUUAGGCCUGAGAGCAACUCUUCUAACAUGGUUGACAACAUCGUUACAAAGCCUCUUGGGCUGGUUCUGAUCAUCACAGCCAACAUGGUGCUUAACGGCCCCAGUCAUGCGGUGGUCAUCGGGGCCCUCGGCAGCAACAUCUCCCUUUCAUUUACAUUUAACAACAGCCUCAAAGAUGGCAAAUUCUUUUCAAUUUACACAAAAGGUGAAACAAAGAUAGGUGAUGACAGCAGCUGCAAAUCCUGCUUUGACAUUCACGAGAGCAAUUCUUCUGUAGUUUACCACAUCUCAAAUCUCAAUCAAAAUCACAGUAACAUUUACUGGGCCACUUUUAUUCUGCCCGAAGAAAGUGGUGUAAGAAAAAGUCAUAUUUUGGAGCUCAUCGUUCGCACAGAGAAUAGAACCACCACAGUUCCUCCAACGACUACCCCAGCAACAACUCAAAACAGUGGAAAUUACAGUUCCUUCCACAUCAUCACUGUCCUUGUGGUUUCGCCACUGGUUCUUUGUGCUGCGGUGCUUCCAUUCUUGAUCUACUGCCUGAUCAAAAGCAAAGACAAACAACCACCACAACAGGGUUCAAACUCCACAGUGCAGGAAACAAUCGAGGAGUCCAGCCACGUGCCUGCACCCCCACUGGUCUACAGCAUCCUGGACUUCCCCAAAAGACCUCCAGCACCAGUGGUGGAGUUAAAUCCCAGUGACACAGAGUACGCUGCUGUCAGCUAUGUCACAGAAAAGAGAAAAAUGUGACUAAAUAUAAACCUACUCGUCUUACUUUCUUGGUGUGAGUCAAGAUUUGACUUGUGUAUAUAACCUAAAAAUAUAUUUCUUGUAAGCGAAACAAAUUCUACAAUUGUACAGUUUCAGAAACCUUUCCGAGAUCUUGUGAUGAUUCUUAGGUCACCAGGUCAUGUUUUUUUUGUUUUUUUGUGUUUUUUUUUCAAACCUAAAGCUUAAACAAAAGCAGCUGGCAACCUAAACUCUCAGCUAUUGGGAACUGAAGAAGCCACUUGGAGGGGGUGGUCUUCAACAAAGCUCCAGCAGGUCCAGUCGCCUUCUUUUUAGCUUUGUUUUUCAAUAACCCUGUCACGCUGUAAGCUUCUCGAAACAUAUCACAAGCAAACAUGUUUGCAGGGGAAGAGUUGAGCAUGAGUUGCGAGUGGGCACGUAUCUUUGUGGUGGUCGUGAGACUGAAAUGGAGACAGCUGCUGUGGCAAACCACAAGCCAGAACACACAAUGUUACUGUAUUUAUUUUGUUUUUUGUCCUGUGUCUUGUGUUGCCCUUAAAAGCCUAACAGCUGAAAUAUAUGAGAUAUGACAUGUUUUUACAAACACAAACAAAAAACAAAACAAAACAGAUUAAUUUAAUAGUAUUAAUUGGUGUUUAAUAGUAAACUAUAAGUUUAAUACUUUGUUGUCCAGAAAUGUACAAAAGUCUAAUGUGUGUAACUCUUCUGUGCUGUAGGUCAAAGUUUUACACUUUCUUUUGUCACUGUACAAACAAAAACUAAGAGAUGAAUAAGCCACCAUGUGUGUGUGUGUGUGUGUGUGUGUGUGUGUGUGUGUGUGUGUGUGUGUGUGUGUGUGAAAUAGAAACUUGAUUAGAUUAGAUUACAUUAUAUUACAUUACAUUACAUUACAUUAUUUGCUAUGUGUAGUUGCAGAUCAGCUGUCUGUCAGCUCAACGGUACUGUAUAUUCAUAUCAACAACCAACUAUUUGACACUAUCUCACUGCAUUUACACCCUCCCACCGCAUGAUUUCUUAAGUUCUCUUUUUACAGGUGCUUGUUGAUGUUUUUCAAAGAUGUGUCAAACAGUACUGAUGUAGUUCUCAUGUAUUGCUGCGGGUUAGUUAUGUGUACUGGAGGUUAGACUUACCCAGGUGUCAGUGGAACACAAGCAGCAGGGUGACAUUCACUCAGACGCUGCUUGCCUGUGGUCUUUGAAAUAAGCGGCUACAAUGACAGCUGCCAAACACAAACUGACCGUUCUUUUCUGCUCCGAGAAACUUGUUGGUUACCGAGCGCUUCCUCUUGAAAUGCACACAGUACAUUAAACAGAUUGUGAAUGUCACAGCCCUAAACUUAAUUUUUCUGUGCGUAAAUGUUCUUUGUUCGUGAAUGUGAGACCUCUGACAUGAGCAACAGAAAAUACUUUUUGUGUCAUUGUGGGCAGUGUGUCUUCUAAAAUGUGUCUAAAAGGCCUCUGUGGUUCUGUUGUCAAAAGUUGCUGAAUUCUCAGCCUGAAUAAAUCUGCUUAUUCCGCUCGUGUUUUUGUGGUUUUUGAAAUGCUUGGCUCUUGAGCUUUCAGCCCCGGUCCAGUUUUAGUGCAUCAGCGGGGCUUUACCCAAGUAAAUCACCUAAAACUCCCACCGUAGACGCAGUCGCUUAUUUAAAUUGUAACUAAGAUACAAGUGAAGACUUCUGUGAUGGUUAAUGUAACUUGGGGGGAAAGAGCGUGAGUAAAGAGUAAAAUGAUUUCCUGUUCGAUAACUCUUAGGGUAGAACUCUUAACAGUUUGCCUGGUGAGCACCAUCUGCUACUCAGCACGUAGCUAAUGCCAUAUCUGUGGUUAACCACAGGUGGCAGUGUCACGCCUUGGAGGUGCUUUUCAUUGACCUUCUGCAGACGGUAUCGACCACCAACGGUAAUGUUUGACCCAGAUUUUCCCUGAGCUGGCCUCCGCUUGAUCCGGGACUCCACCAUGAGGCUACAUGCUACUAACGUUGAGUACGUGUUGUUUGACGUUUGAAAUGUUGUCUUACAGCCACUCGUCUGAGCCAGUCGGAAUCGGGACAUUGCUAAUUUGAAACAAGGUCGAGACACAAGCCCAGACACCGAAUUCCCUACAACAGAAUUGGAGAGACAUGAAGACUUGGCUGUUAACAGACAGACAUCCAGUUAGAGGACUUGA